AUGAUGUUUAGAAAUAACAGUAAUAAUAAAAUUAUUAGAUCAUUUAAAACACUUUCAACCUGUGCUUUAAAUAGAAACACUAUAAGAAGAUUUUCAACACAACCAACAGAAAUUGAAGGCGAAUCAGGAAAUGAAAUAAAAGGUAUCAACUCAAAAACACAUCCAAGUCUUUAUUAUAGAGAAAAAUGGGAUCUUCACAAAGAAAAUUAUUCAGAUUUAUCAAAUAUCGAUGUCUCAUUAACAGAAGACAAAGUUAUUGAAGGCAAAGAAAAUGAAAAAAAAGAUUUAGAUAAAGACGAAGAUGAAAUUGAUCUUAGAGAAAUGGAAGAUUUAGAAUAUCAAACAAUGUUAACCGAAUUAGAAGAUUUAAUUUUAGACACCUUACCACCAUUAUUCCCAUAUAUUAAAUACGAAAUUUAUGAUCUCCACAAAGCAGAUCCAGAAUUUUGGGAUAUUAAACGUCUUUCACAAGCUUUCAAAAUUCAUCCAGGUCGUAUUGUAGCUAUCAUUCGUUUCAUCGAAAUUGAAAAAAUGGAAAAGGCAAAUGGCACCUACGACGAAGAAAUGAAUGUUGUUUUGUCUGAUUAUGGUUAUGAUGUUGGUUAUCGUAUGGAUGAUUCAGCUGAUGACUUUUGUGAAGAUGAACAUCAAAAACAAAGUAAAGACGAUCCAAACUAUUAUUCACCAAUUGGUCACAAUGCACAUACUCUUAAUAGAGCUUAUAAGACCUCCACUACCAAAUCUAAAUCAAGAAAUAUCAAUGGUAGACCAGAUCCAAUUCACGAAAUUCCAACUCAAAUCCCAGAAUCUUAUCCAGAUAAACCACUCUACUUUAGAGGUCCAACCUUUGUUGUACCAAGAAAGAAAAAUGUCGUCUUUGUUGAUACCUCUAGAAAUGCAAUCACUAAAAAAGUUAAUCCAGAUCCAAUGGUUUUAAUUCAAGGCAUUGAUGGUAGUCUUCGUACCCCAUCUUCAACUGAAAAAGCUUCAAUUAUGCAAAAAGUUAGACCACAAAAAGUUAGAAGAGAUUAUGAAUCUAUUCUUAAUACACCAAUUAAAUAUAAACUUCAACAAAAAAUAAAACCAGUAGUUAAAGAGACACCAUCUGAAGAAUUACAAGAACAACAACAAUAA